GUCCCCUUCCUGUACAUUAGUAAAAUACUCUGGAUGGCGAGAAAUCCAGCAUUCCGAUUUGGGAAUAUCCUGGACGCCUCUGGAUUUUGCUCAAGUGUUCAUAACCAGAAUGAGGUCAUGCACGGUGCUCUGCAGCGCGGCCAUAAUCCUGCUGGUCCUCGCCGCCUUCUUCGGCCUCCUGGGCCACUGUAACAGCGACAAUAAAGCCAUUAUCGCCUGCGGCCUGUUCCUGCUGGGGGGUUUAUCCUUGGGAUGCGGACUGGUAACUUUUGUGUCCGCUCUAACAGAGACAUUGGCGGAGAUCUAUGAGUAUCAUAAAGAUGGCGCCAACGGUCCAGACUACGACUACCGAUACGGCUGGUGUUUUUUCACGGCCAGCAUAGCCUUAAUUUUGUCGUAUCUCAGCUCGGCACUGUCAUUCGUCGGCUAUCUGAACAGAUACACUUCGAUCGAUGAAAUGGUAUGCAAGAUGGUACCAGGCGGCGAGCGCAAGAUCCGCGAGCACCAAAUCUCCACCGAGUACCUCAUCCGACACACCAAACCCCGCCCAACGUACGAACCAGUUGGUGCUGAACAACAGGUUCCCCUAGAGCAGUUCGAAGUCGACGAACACGGUCCCAUUCUCAGCAAAACACCCCCCGACGUUUGCACUACCAACAGAUGCCAAGACUUUGCCACCAGCAGCGACCUAUCCAGUGCCGGAACUCUGGAGAUCAACUAUUGCUCAGCUGGUGCAAGUUGUACCGGACAUUCCCAGGUCUCCGGUGGAGGGCUUGCAGGACAAACCAUCCCCAUCACGAUAAAAAAUCGAAAUUUUGUUACUCCAGUAGGAUUUUCGAAUACCCCAACCUCUAAGUACGGUACUUUACCGGGUACAACUCUCCACCAAGGGUUUCUGGGUGUUUCUGAUUUAGGUUCGUCAAGUUCGAACAGCUCUAGCGGGUAUUGCGGAAAGAGCAAAACGUUGCAACACCAGAAAAUUAAGAAGCAGUCCAAACCUGAGACGUUCUACGUACCGGAUGGUUCGUUCGAAGGGUUCGGUAAGCAAAGAACGAACAGUGCUCUGAGCUACUCGGGUAGUGCGGUAUGACAGCUAGAGAUGGAAGGUGGUGACGUGAUAUUCUAAAGUUUCGAAUGAUUGUAGUGAACGAGAACGUUUUUUUAAAGUGAAAAGUUAAAUAAGGUUAAAUCAAGUUUUAUUUAAUUUGUUUAUUAUUGAAUUUAUAUGUGAGGGUUAACUUUUUAGGAAAAUCUGCAUAUUGGGUUUCAUAUUAUAGAUUUUCACUCCAAUCUGGGGAGUAAUAGGAAUAUAUUUUUUUUUAUAAAAAUAUACA